AUGAGCGUCACUCCAGCUUCAUUGGCCAGGAUUCAAAAUCCCUCACAAGCUGCAACUACCUACCUUGCGUAUGUGGGCUUUGUGAUUAGUAAGUCUUACAAAAAUUCAGGUAGCCUCAAAUUUUACUCGCAAAUCAUGAGACUAAUCACUGCCUUACCUCUUCUUGCGAUAUGCUUGAGAACUACUGAAGGUGCCUUUCUCAAGAGAGAACCCGCCGUUGUGCCUCUAGCUAAAAGAGAUGCAACCACUGCCCUGACGGAUUCGGUGUGGACCACUACAACAGGCACCACCACUACGACGUUCACUCCCUAUGCUAUUGAUGGAGUGACGGUGGAUGCUUCCCCUGUGACCUCGUCGGCAACUGCUUGGGUGUCUCUUGACAGCUCUGGUAUUCCCUAUGCUGUCACCCCAACUGUGUCUGAUAGCUCGACUACUUCUGCUUCGCCAACCCCAACGAACACUGCGUACCCAACUCCGCUAGCUGCUCCCCCGGUUUUGCGCUGUAUGAACGAGCGUGUUCCAUCAAGUAGCGAUCCGUUGUGUAUCGCAAACGCUACCAGCUUUGUCGCUGGCGAGACGUACUGGAUUACCUGGAAUCCACUAUAUUGGAACCCAGAUAACGACGAUGAUGGAAUUUCAAAGGUUCAGAUUCGUCUGCGGGCAUACUCAGAAGACACAAACUCCUCUGCUUUCUACACCACCGACUACUCUCCCAACUCUGACGGUUAUAUAGCACUCACUAUAGACUCGGACUGGAUAGACGAGGGAAAUGACGGCUGGGUGCAAAUUGUGCUGACUCCUUUCCUUGACGAUGAUGAUCUUUCAAGCAAAUACAGCAGUUACGAAGGACCUGCUGUGAAGCUUGUUUCAUCACAGGGAAGUAUUGAGAGAGUGCCAUCGGACAACGGUUCUAGCAGCAGCAGUAGCAGCACUUCCACCACCUCGAGCUCUACCUCUACUGCUACCUCUACAUCAUCAUCUUCCAGUCAUAAAAGCAAGGCCUCUGUGAUUGCUCCAGCAGUCGUGGUUCCUGUCGUUGUUGUUGGACUGGUUGGAGGACUGGUUGCGUACAUUUUCAUGGCGAGAAACAGAAAGAAGGUCAAGGAGCAGAACAAGACGGCCAACGAGAACCUGCCGAUGGAGUCUCUUCCUCGUGGAAAGGAAGAUGAUCACAAUUACGACGGAAGAUCGCUCAGAACCGAGGCUACCGGAACUAAUCCUUUCGAUUAG